GAAGAAUGAAAUUAAUAGUUCGUUAGGUAGGAAGGAAUACACAUAAUGCAAUAGCAGUUAUAAAUAGUCAAUAUAUAUAAUGAAAAUUUGGAUGUGAUUAAUGGAGGAAAAGGAAGAAAGGGCUCGAAUUUUGCUGGGAUUGUCUCCCAAUUGUGAACCCACUCAUUCUCAGCUCAAAGCAGCUUACAGAAGAAAAGUAUGGGAGUCUCAUCCUGACCUCUUCCCACCUCAUCUCAAGCCUCUUGCCGAGUCUAACUUCAAAUCGAUAUCAGAAGCUUACUCUUUCUUGCUUUCACCCUCACCCUCACCAGGUGGAAGAGGAAGAGGAAAAUAUGAUAGGGGAGCUCCAUUUCCAAGGGGGGCACAAGGGAGAAAUCAUGCUUUAUUAGUUCAAGUCCCAUUCCUAUUCAUUGUGCUUGGAACACUUGCACUAGGAGGCUUCAUAGGCAGCAGGGCUUACACAAAGCAAAAACAUUCUUACCCUUCUCACAAUCCAUUUCUUCCUUGAUUCGCAUCUUUACAAAGCCAAGUAAUCAGGCACUUUCCUUUUCAAGAAAAUAUUCAUCAGAAAUCUGUUAGUUAUAGUGAGAAUAGUGAACAGAGAGAAAAGAGAAAUGAAUAAAGGAAGCACUCGGAACUCUAUUCACGAGAGUAAUGAGGCCUGUAUUUAUAAACAUAUCCAGCACACAAGACUCAGUUCAACAAACUCUAACAGAUUCCCUACAAUCCAGGGAAUUAGUUACAACAGUAUAACAACCAUAACCUAAGGGGGUGCACUAGAGGUUUGCUUAACAGUUGUAAGCUUCUCUUAGUAGGUAUAUUAAUUUUCCAUCUUCUUUAUCAAAAUCACAUAAAAUAGAACUCGAUAAUUAUAUUCCUCAAAAACGAAACACGCAACAUCUUACAUAUUUUUUUAUUGAAAUAAAUUUUGAUCAUUUCCAAUAUUAUAUUGUAACUCAAUUAUGACCUUUUCAACUAAUUCAUCAAAGAUUAUGUUGAUUCAAACCAACACCAU